AUGGCAAAGAAGGCCAGGUCAAGGACGAUUCUCGUCAAGCUCGUCUCGACGGCCAUGACCGGGUUUUUCUACACCAUGAAGCGCCCGCGUAUCAAUGCCAAGAUGUCCUUCAUCAAGUUCGACCCUAAGGUCAACAGGCAUGUUUUGUUCGAGGAGGUCAGGAUCACCAAGCCGAACUAA